AAAACCCAACUAACUUGGUCAUCAUUUUCCCUUUAAAGAACCCCUGCAAUCUUGCAGUAUCUUCCAAGUUUUUCUACUCUACGUUUUAUCUUUCACAGUGAAUUGAAUCUGAAAAUGGUUCAGGGUCCGCCACAGGCAACGUCGGUGAUGAUCAUCAUAGCCACCGUUGUCACGGCCAUGGCCGGUGCGGUGGCGCGUGCACAGCAAGUUCCGUGUUACUUCUCGUUUGGAGACACUUUCUUCGAAAACGGUAACAACAAUGACUUGGUGACCGGCGCAAAAUCCAACUACCCACCUUACGGUAUUGACUUUCCCAAUGGUCCGACCGGCCGGUUCACCAACGGUCGCACUAUCCCCGAUUUCCUCGCUGGAUUUCUGGGUUUCAAGGAUUAUAUCCCGCCCUUCGCCGGAUCAUCUCCGACACAGGUGUUCACCGGUCUGAAUUAUGCGUCUGGAGCAUCUGGAAUCCUCGACGAUUCCGGCAGAAACCUGGGCGACAACCUAAGUAUGAACAGACAGAUAGGGAACCACUUGGAAGCUACCACGAGGGCCGGAGUACCAGAGGACCGGCUGAAGCAGUGUUUGUACACGAUCAGCACCGGAAGCAGCGAUUACGUCAACAACUACUUAAUGUCUCCGUCGUUGAACAGUCAGUUGUUCACUCCCGACCAGUUCGCCGAGUUUCUCAUCCAAAUCUACGCUUCCCAACUGAAGAUUUUGUAUAUACUCGGGGCAAGGAAAGUUGCACUGUUUGGGUUACCGAAACUGGGAUGCGCGCCAGGGCUAGUCGCCCAACAAAGUGGCGGAGGCUGCAACGAGGAUGCCAACUCUGCGGUCAAUCUAUUCAACAACAAGCUCAUAGCUUAUGUCAAUGAUGUCAACAAAACCCUAACUGAUGCCAAAUUCACUUACGUCGAUGUGUUCAACACUGGACCGUCAGGAUUGAGGAACGAUAGCUGUUGCACGGUCGAACCGGGACAAAUUCUAUGUGCAGCGAACCAGCCGGUUUGUGAAAACCGGAAAGAAUACGCGUAUUUUGACGCCUUCCACUUCACCGAGGUCGUAUACUCGGCCGUUGCAGAGUCUGCCUUCACCGGCCAAAUCGCUUCUCCGUACAGCAUUGCCGAACUUGUUGGAGUUAGUAAGCCAUCUAUGUAUGAAUGAUUUGUUGUUAUGUGAAAUAAUGGACUGUAUCAUAUAUAAUAAAAAAUCUAUAUUUAUAAAAAGUUACGAUGUUGCAGAUGUUACGAGUCUCGAGUCUACCGUGUUGUAAUAAAAUGUGAAAGCUAUAAUAAUAAAGGUACGAUUAGUGGUUUUUUUGCA